AGUUGAGCCAAAUAACUAACCCCACUUUUUAACAAGUCAUACCACACGAAACCGUUGGUUCCUAUUGAGAUAAACUUAGGUAACUAUUUCAAUUGCACUCCCUAUUUCUAUCUAUCUCUUCCCCACUGAAGCUGAGCUCUGAAUUCUCUAUUCAAGCAGCUUCUCAGCUUUCUAUCACCAAUGAAGCAGUUUCUGAGGAUUAUAUGUUCAUAACCCUUUAUUGUAGGACGGAACUAUGAAAUUGAACCUUUUCUCUCUUGCCCCGGGGCGGCCGCUCCUCCUGCCCCGGCUCUGCUUCGGGUUUGUAAAGUUUCCAUUUCAUGUUCAGUGCUCUUCCAAGCCAAUGCUUCAGCUAUCUUCCUCUUCAAAUGUCAAUAAGAAAUUAGGAAAAAAUGUCAAGAAGCCAGGAAAGAGAGAACAUCACCUAUGGAAACGUAAAGAAUCUGCUGGUUCUGGUCAGAAAGCAAUGAAUCUAGUUCGAAUUGUUUCUGGACUUCCUAAUGAGAAAGAGGCAGUUUAUUGUGCAUUAGACGAAUGGAUUGCAUGGGAGUUGGAAUUUCCAAUGCUUGCGGUAGCUAAGGCUCUAAGAAUUUUAAAAAAUCAGAGGCAGUGGCCGCGAGUUAUUCAAGUUGUGAAGUGGAUGUUGAGCAAGGGCCAAGGUACAACCAUGGCAACAUAUGAUACAGUCUUGUUGGCUUUUGAUAUGGAGGAGAGAAUAGAUGAAGCUGGGUCUUUGUGGAAUAUGAUUUUGCAUACCCACACACGAUCUAUUUCAAAGCGGUUGUUUUCUCGGAUGAUUUCAUUAUACGAUCAUCAUGAUAUGACAGAGAAAGUGAUAGAGGUCUUCGCAGACAUGGAAGAAUUGGGUGUCAAACCGGAUGAGGAUACAGUCAGGAGGGUAGCACGAACCUUUGAGAGACUGGGACAAGAAGACAAGAAGAAUUUGGUCAUAAAAAGAUAUGGUUGUAAAUGGAAAUACAUCCAUUUUAAAGGAGAAAGAGUCAAAGUUAGGAGAGAUCUGUUGGUUGAUUCAAAGCUGAAUUAGCGUUUGUCUACUACUUCUUGUGCAAAAAGAUUCUGCUCUGAGCCAAUGUGAAGACAAUUUACAAAAGUCAAUGAGAAGUAUUCUUUAGAUUGUGGUAUGUAUGCUCUGCUUGUCAAACUCCUAGUUUCUGCUGUUGUAUAUAUGUUCAUUUUUGAAAGGCCGGUUUUGUUCAAGAGUCUUGGAUAAAUUAGGUGAAGCAUCUCCAAAAAAACCUGCAUUCAAUUGAUUAUGUUUGAGCUGCUGGAGACUGAGGUAUCUGAAUGUAGAAUUCUGGAGUUGGAAAUCAGGAAUUUAUCGAGGAUUCAAUUUAACCCAACUUUGUCUAUAUCUUUACCCAUUAGCUUUUUGGAUACAAUACUGCCAUUAGCUUUUUGUAUUUGUAUUUUUACUUUAUAUAUUAAGGUUAAUACAUAGGUAGAUGUACAUGAUUUUUGCAACAGUUCAUUACAAACCAGAGUUACAUAAAUUUCUUUAUUUAGUUGAUCUCAAUGUUGACCGUAUA